GUGCCGAGUGAAGAAAGUUGUGUCGUCUGUGAUCGUCGUGCGAAAUUGUUUGUUUUAUCGUUGAAAAAUCCGGAUUUUCGGGAUAAAAACUAUUGCAAAACGGAAGUGAAACUCCUGUGCACGGUUUUCGUAUGAAAUUUGGUGGAAAUUGAACGGAUUUAAGGGAUAAAAGGCGAUUUAGUUUUCAGUCGUCUCGUUUUGUGUUUUUUUUUCGUGUGACCAGUUUGUUGAGUUCUUGUAACGGUGUGUGUGUUGAAUUGAUGCGCGUACGCGCACUGAACGAUUACAUCACUCACACACAUAGCAACCCGUGAAAAGUGUGCGGAAAACAACAAGUCGAAAAGAGGGACUUGGUUUCUGUCUUUUCCUGAACUGCGGGGACUGUGUCCUCCCGAGAGAAGCGAAUAUCGUGUGAACAGCAAACGAGAGGAUCAAGGUGAAACUAUCAAAACACGCCGGCCCCUACUAGCAAAAAACAUCAGAAAUGGAUAUCGGCGACGAUCGGGUUUAUGCCGCGGAAAGGAUCAUGAAGAAGCGGGUCCGUGCGGGCAAAGUCGAGUACCUAGUCAAGUGGAAAGGAUGGAGUACCAGGCACAACACCUGGGAACCGGAGGAGAAUAUUCUCGACAUUCGGCUAAUUGAUAUGUUUGAGAGAUCCAUCCGUGGGAGCUCAACUCCGAAACGCAAAAAGAAACCAAUUAUCGAGGAUUCUGACGAUGACGACAUACCGGCCCCUGCUCCGGCUCUACCCGCUUCUUCUAAUGUCGUACCUGCAUCUACACCGGCAACGAUAACACCUAAAAUCGAACCCGAUUUGGACAAGGCAGAAAAACCGAUCAUCAAGAAGGAGAAAGAAGAUAAGCAUGUCAAACGAGAGAAGGAAAAAGAAAGCUUCGAUUCCACCGGAAAGAUUGGAAGUUCUUCAAAGUUGCAAACGUCAAGCAUGAGCCUGAGUUCAUUGAAAGAGAAAUCGAGUUCUGUUGAAUCCGGAAGUUUGUCUCCCGUUACUGGGACGAAAUCAACUGGACCGCAUGUUCCAAGUCUAAAGAUAUCGAUAUCUUGCGAACAGGCCGAUAACGAUACAGCAUCUAACAGCAGUGAUGAUCAACCGUUGAGCCACAAGGACUUGGCUGGUACCAAGCGAAAGGCUGAAGUUCUCUCCAAGGAAGGCAAAGUUGGAGUCACCAUCAAAACAUCCCCUGACGAUAGCAGCGCGGCCAAAACACAAAGGCUCUCGGAACCAACGCCAAAUUCAACCGUUACCCCAGUAACUUCCGGUCCCAAGCCGGACUUAAAACCGGUAGCCCCUCUAUCUCCGGACACUCCGGCAUCACGACCCGAAUCAAACAUUCCACCGGUUGAAACGCCAGCAGCCGCGCCAACCGCUGCGGCCGCCGGUGUCCCAGUGGAUGUUGCUGUGCCCCAGAAUGUUGCCCCAGAAGACAAAACCCCGAAAAAACCGAUCUCGAACGAUUUCCCCCCGGUCAGCAAUAAUAACACUAUCAACAAACACCAGCACCAUCUUACGCUAUCUCCAAGAGCGGCCCCACCACAGUUAUGGCUUCCGCGGGCCCAAGUCACAAAUCAAGUUUUCAUCACCGAUGUUACGGUCAAUCUCGAAACCGUAACCAUUCGGGAAUGCAAAACCGAACGGGGAUUCUUCAAAGCUAGGGACCUGAAGAGCGACAUUGUUAACUAGAAAGCAGGUUGAUCUUGUAAUUGUAUAUAGUUUUAUCUCUACGGACAUACACAUACCCGGUAAAAAUAUCUACUUUUUUCGGCAAAGUUGCCUCUUGUGUAUAGAGAGGGAUGAUUUACGUUGGCGCGCAUUUGGAUUAGUUAUCCAAACAAGCAUACAAAAACAGAAUGAAACGCUUAGACUUACUGAAAGAUCUAGUGAUAGUGAUAGAAAACUGAUACUAACAGUUGCUAGGAAUACGAAAAAAACCCACAUACAAGAAAACAGACAAAUGAAACAUGAUGCUAUUGAUAUUGAUAUAAAUGUUUAGUUUGUAGCAACUCUCUGAUACACAUAACACUAGGAAGGAUAUUACCCAGCUAUACUAUUGUUGUAUUUCUCUACUUGAAGUCAUAUCGUGUAACACUGACGACGCAGUUUUAUCAACACCCCCAAGGGUCUUGAUGACCUCGAUAAGUUGUAUUAUUUUCCUUAGUUUCCAUUAUUUUCGGUAGUGCUGCUAGCCGUGUUACUUUACGGGAAAAUCUACUGUUUUUCUAUCAUUCUAAACAGCGGUAACAAUAAAGAACAUACAUUUAUGUUCUCUUUAGCUAGUAAGAUUUGUUACAUAAGUUAUCUUUAAAUAAUUCAUCCAAGCUAUGUAGCAUUGUAAGUUUUCCUUUUGUUUUUAAGUCGCAUCCCAUGGGAUAGCCGCUGGGUGUACGAAGCAUCAUUCAAGGAGAAUCAAACGUUUUGAAACUAGUAAUUCUCGUUAAUUUUAUAUUUGUGAAUAAAACAAAACAAAGAAUCUAAAUUAUUCUCCCCUUUGACCAAAAAUUACAACUUUAUUUAGUAGUCUCGUCUAUUUGUCCUUUAUUUAUUAAAAACGAAACGAAAAAAAAACAAGCAAAAACUACUUUUAGGUCUCUGAGAGAAUUUAUUUGAAACCCUUUAAACUGUAAUCGAAAAAUAAGCAUGGAUCCAGGUAAAAACAGCUAACUAUUACGCCCACUCUUUUAAUCGACAUACUGGCACUAGUAUUGGAGUACAUUAGAAGCAACACACAAGAUAAGCAUUCAUAUAUUCACCCCCUACUUCUAUUAAUUAUACAUGAAACAGUAUGAACGUAUUUUUCUCUUAGUUUAUAGAGGCAUUGUUACAGUAUAAAAGCAAACAACAAUAAAAUCAGCAAAUAAGUAUUUAAAUCAA